AUGCACAUGACCCUCGCCACCCAUGGCGACAUCCUCUUCACCAUCACCACCAGCAACCCCCCCAGCACAAUCCGAGUCUCUUCAUCCCAUCUCAUCCUCGCCUCCAACUACUACAGAGCAAUGCUAACAGGCAACUUCCCAGAAGCCCACGAACUGCGCAAAAACAAGUCUCUCAACCUCACCCUCAACGAAGACAAUGCCGACGCAAUGCUGAUCGUGAUGCGCGCCGUGCACGGCCAGUUCCGGGAGAUCCCCAGCGAUAAGCUACGACUUGAGCUGCUCAAAGAUAUAGCUGUGAUCGUGGACAAGUAUGAUCUGCUGGAUAGCGUGAGUACGAUGGCGUAUACGUGGAUUGAGACGGUGAGGAUUGGGAAUCCGCGCGCGAGAAUCGGCCAGAUUGCGUCGUGGCUGAUGUGUGUGAUGUGGGUGUUUAAUAUGCAUUGGGAGUUUAAGCAGGCGACGAGGGAUUUGAUUGUUGAGUAUGCGGCUGAUGUUGAUCUCAGUGGGACGUGUGUGCCUACGGGUGUGAGUGACAAAAUAACCAACCGAAGAGACAGACUGUACAGCAGCAUCCGAUCGGCCAUCCGAGCCAAGCAAACGGCCUAUACACAGCAUUCCCCCCUCUGUGAUGCUCAAUGCGACCAGAUCGUCCAGAAACGACUCAAGCAGAUCAUGGAUUCACUGCGUCGCGGUGGUCCAUCCAGAGCUAAGCCAGCUACUGUCCGGACGAUGGUGGGUGCAUUGUACGAUGACCGAAUGGACGAUCAUAGAGUGAUUCAGAACGUGGCACAGCAUGCGAACUACCAGCAGCCGGGAUGUAUCGACCGCCUGGCUCAUCUGGAUCGACAGGUCGAUCAGCUGUGUGAGGCUGUCCAGGGGUUGAAUCUGGGGCAGCUCAAGGGGGAUUCAGACAGGAAGAUCCAUUGGAGUGGGAGGACGCCCGUGUUGGAUUUUGCUAGAAUAUGGCCAUGGGCGCAUAAUGAUACUUGA